UCCCAUUUUAUCUCCGCCAUUACUUCCUCCUUCUUCCUCCAAAGCUCCGAGUCUAUUCAGUAAAGCUAUGGCAACUCAGUUCUAGAAUAUUCCAUAAGUCAGUUUCUAUAUCUAUUUCUUUCCUUGCAUGCACAUACAGUACACAAAUGGCGAGUAUUUCAGCUACACUUUCCACUGCAACUCUACCAGAGCUCAAAUUUCUGUGUUCAAAUUCAGCUUCUAGAAGCUUCCGCGUACCGCUCUCUAGGUUUUCAUCGCGUCGGCGGAGUUUGAUUCGAAUUAAGGCGGUGAAGAGAGAAGAGAGUGCGGUGGUGGAAGAGAGGGAUGCGGAAUUGGUGAGGAAAGUGAACGGUAGUGUGAAUGGAAGUGUGAAGAAGAUCGAUGAUUUGAACGGUGCAUUGUUAGUGGAGAAGUACACGAAUGGUAGUGCAGGUGUGAGUGAGAGUGAAAAUGAGAAUUUGAUGAAGUAUGUGAAUGGGAAUGGGCAUGGGAAUGGUGUAGCGGCGAAGAGUAGGGACGAGAUUGUGGAGGUGAAGGCGGAAGAGGUGGUUGAGAAGAAGGAGAAGAAGAAAAGUGUAGAGGAGAUUGGACAAGAAGACGCUUGGUUUAAGAAGAACGAUCAAGUUCAGGUUUCUGUCCGGCCUGGAGGCCGUUGGAACAGAUUCAAAACAUAUUCAACAAUUCAAAGGACUUUGGAGAUAUGGGGAUCUGUUUUCACUUUUCUAUUUAGGGCUUGGCUGAAUAAUCAAAAGUUCUCUUAUCGAGGUGGAAUGACAGAGGCGAAAAAAGCUGAGCGGAGAAAGGUCCUCGCUAGGUGGUUAAAAGAAACUAUUUUGAGAUUAGGUCCUACUUUUAUCAAGAUUGGCCAGCAAUUCUCAACAAGGGUGGAUAUUCUUGCUCAGGAGUAUGUUGAUCAGUUGUCUGAGCUUCAGGAUCAAGUUCCUCCUUUCCCAUCGGAAACUGCUGUAUCAAUAGUUGAAGAAGAACUUGGGGGCCCAUUGGGUGAUGUAUUUGAAAGAUUUGACCGUGAACCAAUAGCUGCUGCAAGUCUUGGUCAGGUGCAUCGUGCAAGAUUGAAUGGGCAGGAAGUAGUUGUAAAAGUACAGAGGCCCGGUCUUAAGGAUCUUUUUGAUAUCGAUCUUAAAAACCUGAGGGUGAUAGCUGAAUAUCUGCAGAAAAUAGAUCCUAAAUCUGAUGGUGCAAAAAGAGACUGGGUUGCAAUCUAUGAUGAAUGUGCAAGUGUCUUGUAUCAGGAGAUUGAUUACACUAAGGAAGCUGCUAACGCUGAACUGUUUGCAAGUAACUUCAAGAACAUGGAUUAUGUGAAAGUCCCAACGAUAUACUGGGAAUAUACCACACCACAGGUUUUGACAAUGGAGUAUGUCCCAGGCAUUAAAAUAAACAGGAUACAAGCCUUAGAUCAAUUGGGUGUUGAUAGGAAAAGGUUAGGGAGGUAUGCGGUUGAAUCCUAUCUGGAGCAGAUCCUGUCUCAUGGCUUUUUCCAUGCUGAUCCACAUCCUGGAAAUAUAGCUGUGGAUGAUGUCAAUGGCGGAAGGCUGAUCUUUUAUGAUUUUGGAAUGAUGGGAAGCAUAAGUCCUAAUAUUAGAGAAGGAUUGCUGGAAACAUUCUAUGGAGUUUAUGAGAAAGAUCCAGAUAAGGUCGUGCAAGCAGCGAUUCAAAUGGGUGUUCUGGUGCCUACUGGUGACAUGACUGCUGUCAGACGAACUGCACAGUUUUUCCUUAACAGCUUUGAAGAGCGCCUUGCAGCACAAAGAAAGGAGAGAGAAAUGGCACAAGCAGAACUUGGGUUCAAAAAGCCAUUAAGCAAGGAGGAACAAAUGGAGAAAAAGAAGCAACGGUUGGCUGCAAUUGGUGAAGAUCUAUUAAGCAUUGCAGCAGAUCAGCCAUUCCGGUUUCCUGCCACAUUCACUUUUGUGGUUAGAGCAUUUUCAGUUCUGGAUGGCAUUGGAAAGGGUCUUGAUCCACGAUUUGAUAUCACUGAGAUUGCCAAACCCUAUGCUCUAGAGUUGCUUAGGUUUCGUGAAGCUGGUGUUGAAGUUGUGCUAAAGGACUUCAGGAACAGAUGGGAUAGACAAUCUCGUGCAUUUUACAACUUGUUCAGGCAGGCUGAUAGAGUUGAGAGACUUGCUGAAAUCAUCCAGCGAUUGGAGCAAGGUGAUCUUAAGCUUCGGGUUAGAGCUUUAGAAUCUGAAAGGGCUUUCCAACGUGUUGCAGCUGUCCAGAAAACAAUUGGAAGUGCAGUUGCAGCUGGAAGCUUGGUUAACCUAGCUACAAUGUUGUAUCUCAAUUCCAUCCGUAUGCCUUCUAUUAUAGCAUAUGCUGUCUGUGCAUUCUUUGGGUUCCAAGUCCUCUUUGGCCUUCUGAAAGUUAAGAAAUUGGAUGAACGAGAGAAAUUGAUCACUGGAACAGCUUAAACAAAUGUUGGCCAUUGUACUUCACAGGUUACCCUGGGAGAUCAUAUAUGGGAACUGCUAUUCCAGUAAUCCUGGAAAAAGCAGAAAUAACGUGGAGGAGACUCAACGGAUCGUUGAGUAUUUAUAGAGCACGCCCAUGGCCAAGAAUUGCCAGUUUUGUCAUUCAGCUUUAAGAUGCAUCACGUGGUAAGGCUUCCAAUGUGGAGGUUAACUUUCUAAUUUUGUUGGCCUAACAGAUUGUUGUAUUUGCCCAUCUCCACUAGCGAGCACUCCUGUGAAGUAGACCGAGGAAGAAAUAAUUCAUGUCGUAUAAUACCCAUUUUGACCUUCUAUAGCCUUAGUGUAUAGGUAUACAAAAUCUAGGAGAUAAAUGUAACUAAUGUUAGCCUUGUCUACCUUCAACCUUAUUCGUGGAGUUCGAUUCCCUUAAAUUUGUGUAUAAUACAACGUGAGAAGCAAUGUCAUAAAAGUACUCUAGGGAUCAAAGAUGGCAUUGAGCUAACCGUACUUUGUAUUGGUUUUUUGUAUUUGUAUUAGUAUAUCAUUUGUACUAUUUAGUUUGAAUUGCAAGAACGUCAAAAAAUACAAUGUUGGAAGACAUCUCAUAAGUAUACUUCAAUUAAGGAGCAGAUGGUAGGAAGA